AGCAGUAAAUACGGGUUCAAGAAACAUGACAACUUUAAGGAUUAUAUUGAGAGCUUUUUGAUGGUUUUGAGUGAUGUAACCAGGAUAAAUACAAGGAGUGGUUUUGCAAAGUGGACAGUAAUGGAGUAUAUGAGCACGGGUAGUGAUAGCAAAGAAGAGAUUGACUUGUUGCUAACUAAUUUAAAUAUGUCUGAGGUGAUAGACAUCAUGGAAGACCUUUAUCCAGGUGGAGACCUUGCAGUCUAUGAAGACAGCUUAAUUACAAUGUGUGAAGAGGCAAGUCAGAAUGAAGAACGUGCAGAAUCUUUACUCUUCUGUGAAAGGGAAGUUUCUUUGAUGUCUUCUGUCAAAUAUGGGACUGUGGAAGAUCUGCUUGCUUUUGCAAAUCAGGUGUCUAACACUGCAAAACAAUUUAAAGGAUGCAGACAACAGGAAUCAGGAAUCCUCCUGAAUGUGAUCACACCCAAGAAUGGGCGCUAUCAAAUUGACUCGGAUGUGCUGCUGUUUCCUUGGAAGCUGACUUACAGGAACAUUGGCUCUGAUUUUAUUCCUCGGGGAGCUUUUGGGAAAGUCUAUUUGGCCCAAGAUAGAGAAACCAAGAAACGAAUGGCAUGCAAACUGGUCCCAGUGGAACAGUUCAAACCUUCAGACGUUGAAAUACAGGCAUGUUUCCGUCACGAAAACAUUGCUGAGUUAUAUGGUGCUAUUUUAUGGGAUGAGACAAUCCAUCUCUUUAUGGAAGCUGGAGAGGGAGGAUCUGUCAUGGAGAAGCUGGAGAGUUGUGGUCCUAUGAGAGAAUUUGAAAUCAUUUGGGUGACAAAGCACAUUCUGAAAGGACUUGACUUUCUUCACUCCAAGAGGAUUAUCCACCAUGAUAUCAAACCAAGCAAUAUUGUUUUUAUGUCAACUAAGGCUGUUUUGGUGGAUUUUGGCCUGAGUGUUCAAAUGACUGAAGACAUUUACUAUCCCAAAGACCUUAGAGGAACAGAGAUUUACAUGAGCCCUGAAGUUAUUCUCUGCAGAGGCCACACAACGAAAGCGGACAUCUACAGCAUGGGAGCUACUAUUAUACACAUGCAAACUGGCAUCCCACCCUGGGUGAACAGAUAUCCUCGUUCUGCAUAUCCCUCCUACCUCUAUAUUAUCCACAAGCAAGCUCCCCCCUUGGAGGACAUCGCUGAAGAUUGCAGCACUUCCAUGAGAGAGUUGCUAGAAGCAGCUCUAGAAAGGAAUCCUAAUCAUAGGCUGUCUGCAGCAGAUUUACUGAAACAUGAAGCCUUACACCCACCCCCAGAAGAGCAGCCACGGUGCCAGAGCCUGGACUCAGCACUGUUUGAGAGGAAAAGACUACUGGCAAGGAAGGAGCUGCAGCUGCCAGAAAACAUUGCAGAUUCCUCAUUGUGUACUGGCAGCAUGGAAGAGUCAGACCUACUUAAGAGGCAAAGAUCACUCUACAUAGAUCUUGGAGCUCUAGCUGGUUACUUCAAUAUUGUUAGGGGACCACCAGCCGUAGAAUACGACUGACUCAGUAGCAUUUUGUGUCAGCAGGUUAGAAAUGGACCUCUACCUCUUAAAACUUGAUUUUAAGACUUGAUUUUUCAAAUUUGUAUGUAAAAAUUUUGCCAUUGUGGGCUGUGAAAUGUGAAUAGUGUUUAAUUGCACAGAUGAUUAAGCUAAACCCUUGAGGGCUCUGAUAAGCUGAUCCUAAACAACCAUAUUUGUGCAUCUGCUGGUUGACCAACAAGAAGAUGGCAAGAAGAACACUGCUGGGAAUGUCUCAAUCCAGGAUAUCUUCCUGUGCUGGGCCUUGCACUUUUGUAAAACUUGUAAUAUAUGCUUGCAAAUACUGCCAUGGAAAAAGCCAAUAUAUAUAAUUCAGCAUGUGGGCUCUAAGAUUCCAUCUCUCUAAACUGUCCUUAGGGAAAACUUUCUAAAGGGGAAAAAAAAAAGUCCUUGAUUUAACCACUCAAAGACUGAUUCAGUGUUGUUCUGUCUUUGAGACUUGGCCAGUCUCUGGUCAAUCUUAAUGGAAAUCAGGGCCCCCCUUGAGCUAAUUUUUAUCAGCUGUCUCUGGAGACAAAGCAUCACUUGGUCACAGAUGUGUUUUACUUUGCAUCUUCGCUGGGCUGUGGAAGCAGGGCACUGUCCCACUUCCCUGUGGGUGGAAGGAAUCUUUCCCUGGCUCUGUCAGUUAGGUCUGGGAACAGCACAGCAAGCUGGCCUUGACUCCACCUGCUUCCUACGUUACAGAUACUGCAAGGAUAUCUUAAGUAGUUUUCAAGGAUAGAUAAAAUGUUAUUCCCUAUUGGCAAUAGUGGGCAGGCUCCAGCCUCUUGCUUUUUAACCCUUUAAAAGUGUACAGGUGUAUAAUUGCUGUGAGUGCUGUGGUUUGGAAAGCAUGUCAGUCGUGACAGGCUGUGUUUAUGUUCCUAUGGAAAUGGAAUUACAUUGUUCUUGCUGUGCCUCAUAUAUUUGAAACAUGAUGUUUUGGAUGAUAGUAAAACUAUGUGAACUGCAUAGUUCUGUACAUCCCAUGGGAUGAGAACGUAAACUUUUAUAAAACUCUUCUUGGAUGCUUAGGAUGACCUCUCUAUAAGCAUUUGUGUUUAAGUGGCAUACUGUGUAUGUUGUACACUGAACCCCUUUGAGAAGCACAGUCUCCUUUUUCAUACGUCUGUUAUUUAAUGCUGCUCCUAUCUGA